AUCGCUCUCUCUUUUCCAUAAAUGGCAAACACGCCUAUUUUUCAUUUUUUUUCAACGAUUUAAAAUAAUCGCUUAAAGUGUUCUUGAUUAGAUCACAGCGAUUUGGAUAGAGGAAGGAAGGCAGGAUACGUACGAAAUUCUUAAAAUUUGUCACAUGCAAUUCAUUUUCCGCUUUUUUUUCAUUUGAGUAUGUAAAUUGUAUAGAAACAAGCAGGAGAUAUGUCAUGACAUACCAUGAAACAGCAAGAAGUAUUUAACAGCGUAUGUGGCUCGGCAUUGAAGGAAUAAGGCAAAUGUGCCGUAGUGUGCGCAUGGAUCAUGUCGCUGAUCAUGGUAAAACACCGUCACGAGCGUCUCACAUCGGGUUGGGUUUUUUGUCGGGAUUGAAAAAAGUGAACAGGGCAAACAAAAGAAAAAAAAGAAGAAAUUGAAGCCAGCCUUGCGUUGUAUCGUCAUGGCCAGUGAAAAACCCCAGGUGGCUUACCAAGCCAACCUUAAACAAGCGUUGCUCGCGGGCGCUUUUGCAGGAACCGCCGUUGACACCGCCUUAUUUCCAUUAGAUACCAUUAAAACUCGACUUCAAUCGCAAGCUGGAUUCAUAGCCUCUGGCGGUUUUCGUGGUGUUUAUUCAGGCAUUCUUUCCGCCGUUGUUGGCAGCGCUCCCAACGCCUCUUUAUUCUUUGUCACGUAUGAGGCCACCAAACGAUUGCUCGGAGCCUCCGUCGAUCAUACCAAAUAUGCUCCAUUUAUUCACAUGACUGCUGCCAGCUUUGGCGAAAUUACGGCUUGUACGGUGCGUGUGCCUACGGAGGUCAUCAAACAACGGAUGCAGACAAAGCAGUUUCAAUCUACCUCGGCCGCUGUAUCCAACGUGCUUCGCACCGAAGGCAUCCUGGGAUUCUACCGCGGAUUUCUAUCCACCGUGGCUCGAGAAAUUCCUUUCACAUGUAUCCAGUUUCCUCUGUAUGAAUAUUUUAAACGAUCGUACAGCAACUACAAGGGCAGAAUGGUGGAACCUUAUGAGGCUGCCAUGUGGGGUUCUUUGGCUGGUGGCAUAGCCGCAGCGCUGACUACGCCUCUUGAUGUUUGCAAAACUCGCAUCAUGCUUUCACACAAGAAUCAAACCGCCAAGCAAUAUAACGGUAUUAUAUCCACCAUGAAACGUAUCGUAGCCGAAGAAGGUCCUCGUGUAUUAUUGGCUGGUAUUGGUCCUCGUGUCAUGUGGAUCUCCAUUGGUGGCAGCAUUUUCCUCGGCAUGUAUGAAAAGGCGGUGAAAACAUUUGUGCAAUUGCAAUUAUUAGAAGAUCGGCGGUAGACGGAUGCAUCACCGCACAUACACACACAAAGAAAAAGAAAACGGCAUACCACCGUAACCCUUAGACUGUAUUAUUUUUCCUCUAUUCUCCCUCCUCUUAUUCCAUCAAGAGAAUAUGGCCUUAUUCCACGGCAAAAUCGUAAUGAAAGUAUCAAUAAAACCAUCAAACUGGAAAGAUGAACUGGGUCAAAAAAAAAA